AAGAUGGCAGCAGUGUGACGUCACGCUUGAUUUUACUCCGUCGAAGAAAAAAAAGGCGACCCGCGAAGGAAGACAAAGGGCGAAGAAGGACGACGAAUUAUUGACUUGGAAACGUAAAAAAUAAUUUAAAAAAUGUUGAAAGAGAUGGUGAAGGUGCGACUAAUGGCGGCGGCUGACGAAAUAUUCGCGCUGUUCGAAAAAACCAUCGUGUGGUACGAGAUGGAACUUUCUAGAACUCGGGAGAAGGAGAGACGUCGACAACAACCGGAAGCUGCCCGACAAACUCAAAUUGUGACACACGCUGAAGACCCCCAGCAGCGGGAAGAGCGCCCCCAUCAGCUGCCGGGGGGGAGCUCCACUUUAGAGGAGGAGCAUCCACAGCCCCCCCACAUUAAAAAGGAAGAGGAGGAACUUCGGAUCAUUCAGGAGGGAAAAUUUUCUCUUGGGUCGGAGGAGGCCGAUUUCACCAAGUUGCAACCGUCUAGUGUCUCUGUGAAGACCGCGGACGAGCCGCCCGAGUCCUCCCAGCCUCAUCGCCAAGGGGCGGAGCCUCCCAGCAGCAGCUUACAUCAACCAAUGACAACAGAGGCUGAUGGAGACCACCUCUUAGCCCCGCUGUCAGAUAGCGACGACGUAGCAUCGCACUGUCGUGAGGACGAAGACAUGGACACCCAAGAAGCGACGAGAAGCGAUACGGACUCUGAAGACGAUAUCAGGCACAAACAUUUAGAAUCUUCCCAAAAGGGCGAUAAAAAAGGUUUGACUUGCUCGUUUUGUGGCAAAACGUUUCCAUUUAACAGCGUUCUGAAGGAACACCUUCGAGUGCACACCGGAGAAAGACCUUUUAGUUGCUUCGUUUGCGGCAGGACGUUUACUCGCAGGUCCACUUUGAAGAGACACAUGAGGAUGCACACGGGAGAGAAACCAUUCGGUUGCUUAAUUUGUGACCAGAGAUUCACCCAAAAACCAGCCUUGGUGUCGCACAUGAGAACACACGCGGGAGGGAAAUACUCGUAGUUGCUCAUUUCGUGGUCAGAGGUUUUGUCGUGAGGACUUAUCAACGCACGGGAGAGAAACCAUUUUCCUGCUUAAUUUGUGACCAGAGAUUCACCCAAAAACCAGCCUUGGUGUCGCACAUGAGAACACACGCGGGAGGGAAAUACUCGUAGUUGCUCAUUUUGUGGUCAGAGGUUUUGUCGUGAGGACAUAUCAACGCACGGGAGAGAAACCAUUUUCCUGCUUGGUUUGUGACCAGAGAUUCAUCCAAAAACCAGCCUUGGUGUCGCACAUGAGAACACACGGAAAAGUCUUAGUUGCUCAUUUUGUGGUUGGUAUAUACAGUAGUGGACAUGUGAGAGAAACCGUUUGUCUGCUCAGUUCGUGGCUCCAUUCCCCCCCAAGAACACUCGCGCACAACUUAACCAACACACACAGGAUGAAAACCAGUUUCCUGUUGACUAGCGAAGUCGCUCAGACGACACAUGCAGACACACUCAGGACAACAACACACACUUUUAUGUUAAAAGAUUCAAAUAAAAAAAUGUGCAUUCAGACGUCUGCUGCACUCUGACUGACUUUGUCUUUCUGUUA